CCGCGCGGCUCGCAAGAACAUCGUCGCGAAACGGGGAACGAACGGCGAGAUAUAACUGUAAUUGAACGGCUCUUAAAUAUUCAUCGAGCGCGGUUCCAUUCACGUUAACUCCCGUUCGCCGUCGCUAUUUUAGCCGACUACGGCUGAACGGGUAAAAACGAGCGUCAAUGACACGGCGGUGAUAAAUGCCCGGUCCUUAAGCACGGCUGCCUCCGCACGCAGUUAGGUUUUACUACGCUUGAGCGAUCCACGAUUUUUAUAUCGGAUCGUGCCGGAAGCGGUUUCCCUCUCGCGGUCGUUUCCGGUUGUGUGCCCGCGUACGGCGCGCUGAUGGCGAAUAAAAACCGCGGCUGCGCGAGGCGGAUAAUAAUUCUUGGUAAUGACGGCGGCGACGAGUACGUUACUGGAGAGGAUAAUUCAGCAUUAUAUGGCGUUACAUUAUAGAGCUUAUGGACGUAUAUUACAUUAUUUUAUGUCGCGCACGAUAAUGCCAGUACCGAACAUUGCGAAAACAUGGUUUGCAGAGAGGGAAGCCAGCGGUUCUGGGGUCGCUCGCGGCGCGCCGCCGGUUUCGGAGGCGAACAAUCCGGAGGACGAGCCGGAAACGGACGACACCGGAAGCACCAGUGGAAAGGGCGUCUCGCCGGUGGUGAACCCUCUGCUCCAGGAGCGCUCCAAUUGCGAGGAGCUCAAGCACGUGGUGUGCCACCUCGAGACCAAGGAUCUCUGGGACAAAUUCAACGAGCUCGGCACGGAGAUGAUCAUCACCAAGACCGGCAGACGGAUGUUCCCGACGUGUCGUGUCUCAUUUAACGGACUGAAGGCGGACAGCCGAUAUUCGGUCCUGAUGGACAUCGUGCCGGUCGACAAUAAGAGAUAUCGGUACGCAUAUCACCGGAGCUGCUGGUUGGUGGCCGGAAAGGCAGAUCCGCCGGCGCCAGCCCGGCUCUACGUCCAUCCGGAUUCGCCUUUCACGGGCGAGCAGCUCCGAAAGCAGGUCGUUUCCUUCGAGAAAGUCAAGCUCACCAACAACGACAUGGACAGGCAUGGGCACCUGGUCCUGAACUCGAUGCACAAGUACCAGCCGAGGAUCCACCUGGUGAAGCGGCCGGACUCGGGCACGGUGAAGACGAUCAUGGACCUCGAAAAGGAGCCGCACAAGACCUUCGUAUUCCCGGAGGCCAUAUUCACCGCUGUCACCGCCUAUCAGAAUCAGCUCAUCACGAAGCUCAAGAUCGACAGUAAUCCGUUCGCCAAGGGCUUUCGGGACUCCUCUCGUCUCACGGACUUUGAAAGGGAGACGAUGGAGUCGAUGCUGGCGGAACAGCAAUCGCUGAGGUUUCCGCAUCGGCUGCCCUUCGAGAUGGAGCAGCUCCAAGCGGGCGCCGUGAACAAUCUCAGCCUCGAAGAGAAAGCCUUGUGGGCCGCGCGUUCUCAAAUGUUGCUGCGGGCGGCGGCGGCCGUGGCUGUCGGCCCUUACGCCCAGCUGGUCAGCCCGGCCCUGGUCUAUCCGGGCGCCUCGACCGCGGGCACCAGCCAUCAGCAGCAGCAGCAUCAGCAGCAGCAGCAACAGCAACUGGGCCAUCUGUGGUGGGCCUCGUCGUUCGGACCCACUAUCUUUGCAGCGGCACAGCACCAGCAGCAGCUGGUCGCGUCCAGUUCUCAGCAGAACCCGACGGGCCCCGCGGCCCCCCGGCCGCUCUACCCGUCGCCCCUUGCCCUAACUCACCACCGAUUCUCGCCCUAUCACACGGCAACCGCGCCCAAGUCCUCGACGCCGGCUGCGCCGUCGCCGUCGCCGUCCAGAAGGGCCACGCCGUCGCCCACGGAUAGUCUUAGCAGGGAGGCCCAGGACCUCUCGCCCUCGUAGUCCCUUGUGGCUUCAUUAGGGAAACAGUGGUCACGAUUUUCUCCUCAAGGGACUCUAGAAGGAGUUUGAGAUAUUUUACUAAGACUGCGCUAAGACGAAAGCUGGCGUCUCUCAUUCAGAAAUGGGAGAUUCGGCAGAAUCGGGCCGCGAAUUGCGUUGUGACUUUUUUAUGGAGGAAUCUAAUUCCUCUCCACGUGAUGAAAGUCAACUUUUCUCGACCGAGACCGGAGCGUUAGCGAUUAAUUCGCCUUGCAAUAUUCGUCUUCUUUCACCGAGAACCGACGAAGACUUUUGCGCGCGGUGAAAGUCGAUUUCCAUCGUAUUAUUUUUACUUAAAAUAAUCGUCUUGUUUUUUUUUUAGAUUUUCAGAAUUUUAGCGGUUAUAGAAUUUUCUGAUUAAAAGUGCAAUAUCUACGGUACAAGUAUUAUACUUUUUGUCUUUAUUAUAUUAUUAAGGAGCCGGUCUCCAUUCCGUUAGACGAAUACAAGGUGAACGUGCAUUCGUGUGCAUUCACGUGCACGCGUAACGCAAAUCGUUAUGAAAUGUUUGCGCGAACGGGGAUCGAUUUUCGUCGCGCGCGUGUCGCGCGGCGCCGAAAGACCUCCACGGGAGGAGGUCGCCGCGAGUCCGGGGCGCGCCGACGAAACGCGUAGAAUCCGGCGUGAAUAGCAAUGAUAAUUGUGGUGUCAAAGGUUGCCGAGUUGGCCGCGGCGAGUUGUCGCUCUCCGUUCCUUGUAUCGCGCCGCGAAGACGGAGCGGAGGAAAGAAACGGAAAGCUCACGCUCUCCAAAGAGAGCCUGAAUGCUCUCUCGGCUGAACUUUCGACCUUUGGCGAGCGUGGUGGCAAGAACAGGGGACCCGAGCCGUCUCACGUGACUCGGCGAUUCCGUUGUCUCCCGACUGAACCCUGGGACCGUGAGGAGCUCGAUCUGCACAUAUCUACGCCUCGAUCAGCGAUUGGAAGCGAUAGGACCGCCGCGAUCCUGGUAGUCGGGGAUGCACCUAAGGACGCGCUUUGAAAUCGAUAAAAAAUAAGAGGAGUAUCGUCGCGCAAAAAUCUGUCGCACUCGCGGGGAAGGUGCCUGGAGUAAGAUACCUUCAAGUUUCGAGUUUCAUUCGCUUAUGUUUCAUUCGACUUGCAUCUUGCGGUAGGUUGAUCGCCAAGGCUGCUCUCGAUGGAAGAACUGCGAUGACACGCCAAAUCCGAUAACUUGAUUUUGUCGUGCGCAAAGCCGUUUCUCGUUAUACGCGCCCCCCCUUCCCCCCUUCCCCAUGUAUUUCCAUAUUUCGUCCGUCAUUUCGUUUUGUACGCAAGAAACGCGAUCGCGUCGCUUCGAGGUCGGGCGCGCGGCCGCGAAGAUCACGGCGAUCUUCGAUGGAUCGCGCGCGCGCGCGCGCGCGAAGAAUACGAGCGGACUGUAAAUAUGUAACCAUUCUGGUUCUAACGGCGGCAUAAUUGCCGCGCAUAAUACACGUAUAUGCAUCUUUAAGGGCAACUAAGCCGUACGGCGACUCUACUUGUAUAUAGGUAUACAUAUAUCUACAAUACAUGCGAUAUAAGAUAAUUACACCUCUAUCUCUUGUAAUAUAAGCUGUAUAUUUCGUAUCACGCGCUAUUGUUAUCGUUAUUUAUGUUUCGAUAUUUCGACGCGGGGCGAGCGCGAAGUGAGCGCGCUGGGCGCGAUACGUUACGACUGAAAAAAGUACCUCUACGACCCCUCCCGCGAAAUCGCCCAAGGAAACACCGGGGCGGACUCCGACUCGCGUUCGCGUUGAGCGUAGCGAGGGGUUGAAGAAUUAGGAUCAUUAACGAGUACCUCCGAGCGACACUCCGCGCGCUCUCCGCGAGCACCUAAAGGAUUAUUAUCGCCGCGGCGAUUAGUGUUAGUGUAGAGCGUUAUAUUGUUAAUGCUUGUGUUGUGAGGAACGCAUACACCUAUUGCUGUGCAAGCUGCUCCCUUGUAAAUAAACCCUAAUAAACUUCUUGUACGAAUA